UUCAUUCACGGAUCAAACCUUUCUGUUCAUCUGAGAAUCCACACAGGGGAGAGACCCUACAAAUGCCGUGAGUGUGGGAAAACCUUCAAUCGCAGCUCACACCUUAUUGCCCAUCAGAAAAUCCACACAGGGGACAGGCCCUAUAAAUGCUGUGAGUGUGGAAAAUGCUUCACUGAGAGUUCAGACCUUUCUGUACAUCAGAGAAUCCACACAGGGGAGAGGCCCUUUGAAUGCCGUGAGUGUGGGAAAACCUUCAAUCGCAGUUCACACCUUAUUAGGCAUCAAACAAUCCACACAGGGGACAGGCCCUACGAAUGCAGUGAAUGUGGAAAAUGCUUCACUAGCAGCUCAAACCUUUCUCAACAUCAGAGAAUCCACACAGGGGAGAGGCCCUUUGAAUGCUGUGAGUGUGGGAAAACCUUCAGUUACAAAUCAGGCCUUUCUAGACAUCAGAGAAUCCACACAGGGGACAGGCCCUAUGAAUGCAGAGAGUGUGGGAAAACCUUCACUCACAGAUCAGCCCUUUCUAGACAUCAGAGGAUCCACACAGGGGAAAGAUCCUACGAAUGCCAUGAGUGUUGUAAAACCUUCAGUCGCAGCUCACACCUUAUUAGUCAUCAAACAAUCCACACAGGGGAGAGGCCC